AUGUCGGCCCAGCCAUCUUCUUCCGACUUUGUGCUUUUCCCACCUGUCGGUUCUUUUCCUUCCUCUGCCUCUCGCUCGAAAAUGAUGGCAAUGGAAACGGGCAAGCGCAACAAAACUCCAGAGUUCCAAUUCACGCAAGAGAUGGACCCCACGAUGGUCGACGUGUUCUCCCAUGCGACGGAGAUGCCCUCUCACCCCAACACACACUUGCACCAUGGGUUCUCACAAGCCCCUUCAUAUUUGGAGACACACUCGCGAUUCAUGGAAGCCCACUUUACGCACAACUCCAACCUGCUCUCCAUGCCCACGACGCCGCCGCUGGUCGCGACGGCGAACCCCACCGACUAUCCUAUUCCCACUGGCUCUGCGGCCUCUGGGCCGUCCAUUGCCAGUGCCCCUUCCUCGGCGCUCAGCUCGCCGUAUCCCGGCCAGAUGCAUAUGGUGCAAGAUCAGUGGAUGAACACAAAUCAUGGGCUCGGGAUCCCUGCUCUGGUGAUGCACGACUACUUUGCCCAGGACUACAGCCACAUGGGAGGCUCCCUCGACAUGGAGGGAUUCUUCUCAGAAAAGCAGUCUGACCCUUUUAUCGACCCGUCGUUGAUUCAACCAGUACAGCCCGUGGCCUCCGGCCCUGGAUUCCCCCCCACGAUUGCCUACCCCGAUCAAGGUGUCUACGAUUACUCCGUCCCCCCCAUGGAAUACAUGCCUCUCUCAUCCGCCGCCUCUCCCAUCUCCUACAGUGACCACCUGGAGCCCCCGCAAACCUCUCCCCUGAUGGUGUCCGGACCAGCUCACUCACAGCCAUCACCGGCAUUCCACCGUCGGCCAUCGGUCUCCUCUGUGCAAUCCCCUCGCUCACAGCGCAGUCCCGCCCUCAGCAGCAUCGAGGGUGACGAAGAGGUUCACCGGAAGGGUCGCUGCCCCCAUCCCGACUGUGGCCGUGUGUUCCGAGACUUGAAAGCGCACAUGCUCACCCACCAGCCAGAACGGCCGGAAAAAUGCCCAAUUGCGACCUGCGAAUACCACAUCAAAGGUUUCGCGCGCAAGUAUGACAAGAACCGUCACACCCUGACCCAUUACAAGGGCACCAUGGUCUGUGGCUUCUGUCCCGGCUCGGGCUCACCGGCCGAAAAGAGCUUCAAUCGCGCCGACGUCUUCAAACGACACCUGACCUCGGUGCACGGUGUGGAACAAACACCCCCCAACUGUCGCAAGCGCACCCCGUCGAGAUCCACACAAAGCGGCACCAGCUGCGGGAGCGACGCGACGGGCAAGUGUUCGACUUGCUCGGCAACCUUCAACAAUGCUCAGGAUUUCUAUGAGCAUCUGGAUGAUUGUGUGCUGCGCGUGGUUCAACAGGAAGAACCCUCGGAGGCUAUCAACCAGCAGCGGCUGGCCGAGGUUGCUGCGGAUGAGGAGGUGCACAGGACGAUGGAAAAGCACCACCUACGACGGGAUGGAUCGGGCUCGGUUGAGCCGCGUGGUGAAAAUGAUGCUCUGGAUGAUGAGCACUCCCACGACUCUACAUCCUGGCAGUCGGGUCCAGGGACGAUCAAAUCCACCAAGCAUGGCAAUUCCUCCUCCCGUGCCAUUCUUGGCUCCGGUAAUGUGGUGGCCAAGUCGACUGCCAACACCUCCUCCAAGAAUGGACCUCCCCGCGCCGUGAUCAACCGUCGCCGCAACAACCGCGGUAACUACCCAGCGUCUUGGGGAUGUCCCAGCUCCAGUAUGAAGACCAAAAAACGAGUCCUGUGUGUCUUUGACGGCCAACGGCGAUUGUGGAAGGAUGAGAUGAUGCUCAAUCAUGAAUUUGAAGUGCGGCUUCGUCUCCCCGACACCGCCUGGGACGGCACCUACCGCGACGCAUAUGUCACCGACCUUGACGUCGAGACUAUGAAACGUGCGGAAGGCGUGCUCAGCGCGAACGAAGAGGAGCGUGGUCCCUGGAUGCACAGCCCCGACUCCCAUCUCAUCGGCCAGCCGGCAAUGCUCCUGCCUGAGCUGGGCCCAUCACAAGAUGAUGAGAUUUCCUUGCAUGAUCUGAUGGCCUAA